CAACCGUGCUGCAGCAUUUCUGCACUUGGUCAAGCUCAGCAAAGCACUUGCUGAUGCUGAGAUGACAAUCACACUAAAACCCCAGUGGGAGAAGGGUUAUUUCAGGAAAGGAUGCAUUUUGGAAGCAAUGGAGCGCUAUGAUGAUGCUGUAGCUGCAUUCCAAGUAGCUUGCAGUACAACCCACAGAGUGUAGAAAUAUCCAAAAAAAUUAAGAGGCUCACACAAUUAGCCAGAGAAAAGAAGAGGGCUGAAGAAGUAGAAAAUAUCCGAUCUAACAUCAACAUGGGAAAAUUUUUGGAGCCCUUGAAACCUGAAUUUGUGAGUUCAUGAUAUAUAAAAAGCUUC